AUGAUGUCAAUUUGGUGGAUAACAAAAGAGGAAGGGUUCAGCUGGAGUAUGCAUACUUCUCUUCUUCGACUGGAAAGCACAUCCUCACUUCCUUAUCGUAAACUUUUGGAAGCGGAGACAUUCAGCGUUGAUGCUGAAUUCAAGUAUCCUAGGGUAUUCAAUGCAAAACAAACAUGGGAUUUCAAGUUUCGUUUGACAAAGUGCUGCUGCUGGCUUGUAUGGGAUCACCAGCGAUUCGUUUCGGAUCUGAUAAACGAGUUUGUGGGCGACACUGCAGCAGACCUUGUUACGUUUAUACCUUAUACAGUUAUCAUCGACUUUGAUGUUUCGGAUAGUUUCGAGGCUAUUUUAUUGCUGAAUGAAUCUAACUGGGUGGACCCGUCUGAGAAAAAUCCGGAAAAUGUAGAGGCUUCCAUUGUUGGAAGUCACUUCAAUAUAUGUGAGUUUGUUCCCUUGAAAGUCAUGAUUGCACUGAUUUUGCACGCCCAGUGGUUGAUAACGAGCAUAAGAAUAAUAAAGAAAUAA